CUUCGGGAACUACGGCCCCUCGAAAAGCCACAUUUACGCCAAUUACUUAACAACUUUAAUGAGCGGGGAAUGGAAAAAGAAAAGGGGGAGGAGCAUGGAAAAAACUGCUACAUCGGGGGAGGAGCCAAAGUAGCCAGCGCGCACUUAAUACUAAUGGCUGUCAUUAUCCUUUAUCCUUUGCCUGUCGCAACAACUGUCUAUCCUAUCCACUAGUGCCCUCUCGCUCCCGCCAUCGUCCGUCUCCCUUCCGCCCGUGUGCGAGCAUUGUGGCUCUUUGUUUGCACGCACAUUUAUUAGGCAAACCAAAGCGCAAACUUCGCGCUGCCGAAAAAAGCCAAGAACUGGGCUAAAACAAAGAAAAAUUAACUUAACUCAAUUUACAAAAACUUUUAUUUCUAUUUUUUUUUUGGCUUGUUUUGUUAGCUGUUGACAAAAGAAGGGAAACGAAACGAAAACGAAAACGAAUUAAGCGCCGAGCAGGGCAAACUUUAAGUAGCUUUGUGCGAGAAAGUAUUAAAAUCACAUUUCAAAUGGCUCCCUGGGAUGAGGAGAUGGAGGAGGAGGAGCUGGAGGUGGCCAGAGAUUCCCUGUGCAGAAGGACAAACUCCGUGUGCCAGGCGGUGCAGCGACAGCAGCUCCAGUGCCAAGUGCAUCGCGUGGAGACCGCCGAUGGCUACCGGCUGAGUCUGCACCGCAUUCCCGCGCCCCCGAGUCGUCGGUGUCCGCAGCAUCUGCGCCCCUACCUCCUGAUGCACGGCCUCCUGGGAUCCGCUGGGGAUUUCGUGUCGGCCGGAAGGGGCAGAUCCCUGGCGCUGGAGCUGCAUGCUCGCUGCUUUGACGUGUGGCUGGGAAACGCCAGGGGCACCACCCAUUCCCGCGGGCAUCGCACGCUGCAGACAAGUGACGCCCGCUUCUGGCAGUUCAGCUGGCACGAGAUUGGCAUCUACGACCUGCCCGCCAUCGUGGACUACGUGCUGGCGCGAACGAAUCGCCGCCAGCUGCACUACGUCGGCCACUCGCAGGGCACCACCGUGCUCCUGGUCCUGCUCUCCCAGCGGCCGGAGUACAAUGCGCGCUUCGCCAAUGCCGCUCUGCUGGCCCCAGUCGCAUUCCUCCAGCACCUGAGCAGUCCGCCGCUGCGGCUGCUGGCCAGCGACAGCUCCAUGGUCACGCUGCUGCUGAACAAACUUGGCCUCCACGAGCUGCUCCCGGCGACGGCGCUGACCCAGGUGGGCGGCCAGUUCUUCUGCACCGCCUCCCGGCCCACCUACGCCCUCUGCACCCUCUUCACCUCCCUCUACGUGGGCUUCAGCGACUAUCCAUUGGAUCGUAACAUCUUGCCACGCAUCCUGGAGACGACGCCGGCGGGCAUCUCGCGGGGCCAGCUGCAGCACUUCGGGCAGCUCAUCAAUAGCGGCAAAUUCCAGCAGUACGACUACCGCUCCCCCCGGCUGAAUACGCUGCGAUAUGGCCAGGCCACGCCCCCCUCCUACCAGCUGGCCAAUGUGCGCCUGCAGCUGCAGAUCUUCCACGGCAGCAGGGACGCGCUGUCCAGCCUGGCGGAUGUGCAACGCCUGGUCAGAGAGCUGCGGAACAGCGUCACGCAGAUGUAUCAGGUGCCGGGCUAUAAUCACAUUGACUUUCUGUUCGCCUCCUCGGCGCCCCAAGUGGUCUUCGAACGCAUUAUUCAACAGGCCUGGCAGCUGGACGUGGCGUUGGCGGCGCUUUAAGGCGGCCAUUCAAUGGAUAUUCAUGGAAAGAAGUGCCAACAAGGGGACUCCUCCGACGGAACAAACGUGCGGACUGACAACGCUGGCCCUUUAUUGAAAUAUUCUUAGCUCGCGUUGAUUUACAUUUAUAUUUUGUAAUACGAAAAACAAUCUGAAUCGAACUACAAAGAAAAACAUGGAUAAACAGA